AUGUUCCAAAAAUAUACAGCUUUGUUUCUUGUUUUCAUGGUGGCUGCUUCUGCAGCAAACACCGUCAACUUAUUGCAAGACUUGACAUUAAGGCAAUUCGACAGCGGUGAUAUCUUCCAAGAAGGCUUAAGUGCCAAUGUGAACCACUAUAUUGAUGAGACUCUUUCACUAAUCGUGCCCUUUAUCCAGCGGAAUGGACUGGACCCUAUGCCAUUACCAAAUGUCCGAGAAGGAUUUCAAGUGAGACCCUUAUGGGUAACAUACAGCGCCUGGCUGAAUCUUUACGAAGGUCAGAUGUCUGGGUUGGUUAAUGUAGCCCGUUCUGGUGACCAGAAAGUAUCAUACAACGGAAGAAAUCUGAGUGUUCGUAUUCAGCUUGAAUUUACUAAUCUUGAGUUCGUCUACAAAUAUCUAGUGCAAGUGAUGGGUAUUGGGCCAAGCGGUGGCAUCAAUGGCUCACUUAAUCGCUUCAUCAUAGUUUUUGACCUUCUCUUAGACUUCAACGUCGACGAGAUCCAUGUUCAAGACUUCAGGCUUAUUAAUAAUGGAAAUCUCCGAGUACGUUUGACUGGCAACUGGCUGACUGACUGGUUGGUAAACCCCGUGGUCAGCCUCUUUGUGAGGAUAUUUAACUCGACUAUCUUGAACACAGUGCAAUCCAACAUUAGAAACCUAAUCCAAAGUACAGUUGACGGCAUAAACAGCAACUUAAGGCAAACCAUUGAACGCCUCGAAUCAUAUAACUAUGCGUAA